CACCCUGUCCUGUCCCAGCGCUAACGCCACAUCUUAAAGCUUAUUACAGCGACCCACCUUCCGAAUCAUCUGGAAUAUGAUUGACGUAUCGCGGAAGAACUGAGGCGGGAGCAACAACGCUUUCUCCUCCAAUCACAGACAGCGGGCGGAGCCUCAUCGAAUGUAUCAGUGUUGGUGGGCGGGGCCUCCCGUUGUGUGUCAGUGUUGCCAGCAGACCUGUGCGAAACAAAAGCACUUCUCUCCCCACAUUUAACGCCUUCAAAGCACGUCUUAAACCUGUUUCAAUCGUAAAGCUGUCAAAGGGAACAAGGAGUUACGCGUCAGUGUCGCAGAUUACUCCGGAUUAGAGCAGCCCUUACACAAAGUUGGGUCCUGUUGUCUUGGCUUUGGUGGCAAGAGCAGGAGUGGCUUGAUCUUAAAGCAACUCUCCUGAUCAGAUUUCACCCAAACCAGCUGUGCGUGUGGGUGUGUGUGUGUGUGUGUGUGUGAGAGAGAGAGAGAGAGAUAGAAAAGGAGCUUUGCCUUUUCUCCAUUCUCUCCCUCUCCAUGUUGUAAGCGAGCUCCAGAGAUCAAGAAAGAAAAGGGGGAGUGACGGAGAGAGUUCAAGGGGGUUUCUGAAGGAAUUUUCUGAGAUAUUCCUUCUAUUAGGCAAGAAGACAAAAAGUGUGCAGAGUCUAGUGAACAACGGCAAGGAUGGAUGAUCAGCCCCGGUUGAUGCACUCCUCUCAUGGGGUGGGCAUGACCGGACACCCCGGCCUGGCGCAACAUAUGCAGGAUGGCACGGGAGGAGCGGACGGCGAGGGAAGAAAACAGGACAUUGGAGACAUACUACAACAAAUCAUGACCAUAACCGACCAAAGUCUGGACGAAGCACAGGCGAGGAAACAUGCACUGAAUUGUCACAGAAUGAAGCCGGCUCUUUUCAACGUCCUGUGUGAAAUAAAAGAAAAAACAGUACUGAGUAUCCGUGGAGCUCAGGAGGAGGAGCCACCAGAUGCUCAACUCAUGCGAUUGGACAACAUGCUGCUAGCUGAGGGCGUGUCCGGACCUGAGAAAGGGGGUGGGUCUGCUGCAGCUGCGGCUGCAGCUGCUGCAGCGGGUGGAGCCGGGUCUGAUAACUCGGCUGAACACUCAGACUACCGUGCCAAACUGUCCCAGAUCCGUCAGAUCUACCACACAGAACUGGAGAAGUACGAGCAGGUGAGAAAACAGGCGUGUAAUGAAUUCACUACCCAUGUGAUGAACCUGCUGCGGGAGCAGUCUCGCACUCGGCCCAUCUCCCCCAAAGAGAUCGAGCGCAUGGUGAACAUCAUUCACCGCAAGUUCAGCUCCAUCCAGAUGCAGCUCAAGCAGAGCACCUGCGAGGCCGUCAUGAUCCUACGCUCACGCUUCCUAGAUGCCAGACGAAAAAGGAGAAACUUCAAUAAGCAGGCCACGGAGAUCCUAAAUGAGUACUUCUACUCCCACCUCAGCAACCCAUACCCCAGCGAGGAAGCAAAGGAGGAGCUGGCAAAGAAAUGCUCCAUUACAGUCUCACAGGUAUCCAACUGGUUUGGAAACAAGAGGAUCAGAUAUAAGAAAAACAUUGGGAAAUUCCAAGAAGAAGCUAACAUGUACGCAGCCAGAACCGCAGCUACCGCAACUAGUGUCUCCACCCAUGGCAGCCAAGCCAACUCACCUUCCACACCAAAUUCAGCUGGUUCUGCUGGCUCUUUUAACAUGAACUCCGGGGACUUGUUCAUGAGUGUGCAGUCUCUAAAUGGGGACUCAUACCAGGGGGCCCAAGUGGGGGCCAACGUUCAGUCACAGGUGGAUACUCUUCGCCAUGUUAUCAGUCAGACAGGCGGAUACAGUGAAAGCCUAGCUGCCAGUCAAAUGUACAGUCCACAGGGCAUCAAUGCGAACGGCGGCUGGCAAGAUGCCCCCACACCCUCUUCAGUGACCUCGCCCACAGAAGGACCUGGGAGUGUCCAUUCUGACACCUCCAACUGAUCAGCACCAUCAUCAUCAUCAUCAUCAUCACAGACCGCUGGAUCUCCAGACUGCUCUCACUAAAGAUCCACAGAUGGGGAUUUACAUUCCACACGGUCAAACACAAUCAUACAACACCUACUUACCACCGUGGAACAUUUGGGAUACUUUACAACAUUUUAGAAAACAAUUAUGAAUUUAAAAAACACACAAAAAAAGAAACAAAUAAAAAACGUGUUUGUACAGUUUUCACAGUGUAUUUUAGGUGGCACAGGACGACUAACUUACCUGUGACUGUUUCAUUCUUAUGAGGCUAUUGUUAAUGAUGGAACAAGCUGUUGUGUUUAAAAUGUAAUGCUUCAUUCUACCUCUCAGCAAAAGAAAAACAUAAAAAGAAUAUGAAAUGCAAAAGAGCAGUCUUUGUUUUCUAAAAAAAAAAAAAAAAAAAUUAUAACAGAUACCACUUGAUCAUAUGUAGUGCUUGAGAGGAAGCUCUCCUUAUCGGUACAUUCGGUCAUAAUUGCCUUUUUUGUUCGCUCAUCGCUAGUGAUUGACUAGUUUUUUGUUAUUGUCUUAUAUAUAUAUAAGUUCAAAAUUCCCUCAGAUUUUAACUAAUUUCCAUUGACAAAUUCUGCCCGAUAGAACAGAUUUUUAUUUUACAGUACAUCUUCGUAAAAAAAAAAAAGUGUACAGUAAAUUGAACGUAUGGAGGUCCCCAUAAAAUCUGUAAACUGAUUACCUCAUCAUAUUUUCCCCACAAAGACCAUGUCAAAAACUGUCCAUUAAAUGCAUAGUUAAAGAGAGUGCAGUUCAAACACAACUGUGUUGUUGUAGAUUCAUUUGGAGUCAUUUCCUCACUCUGUUUGUUUUUGAGGACACUGUCUGUGAGUCUAUGAAAAUAUAACUGAUUUCGGAAAUGGAGGAAGCAUCAAGUCAUUAUAGUCUAUAAUGACAUUUCCUCCCCGCUUUCACUUCAGAUCACUUUCAAAUGCUCCCUUAUUCCCUUACUCCCCUAAGUGAAGGAAUUUGACAUAAACAGCAAUAUAUUUUUUGUUUUGUUUUCAAUAUACAGGCAGGUACCCUUUACUACCCCAAGUUAUGAAAAACAAGCACUGAUGCUCUUUAUUAUUUUGAAUAAGUUGAAUUAGCUUUAAUAUGUUCCCUUUUUUAAAAUUAUGUUUAAGAUAUUUGUCUUUAUUGUAAACAGCUUCCGCUGACUUUAGCAAAGGCCUUGUGGAUUUUAUCAUAAGGACAUGAGAUAUUGUGUUAUUGUAAUUAUUGGCAAUAAUAACAUGUAUGAGAGCCAACUGUGAGUGUACAGUUUUAGAAACAAGCAAGUUUGCUGUACAUUUUACAUUACAGCCAAGUGUUGCUGUUAACCAAAAUCCUUUCUAUAAAUAUUGUAAAAGAAGAUGAAAUAUCAUACUUGUUCAAACAUAAUGAGCUUGUCUCAGUUUUCUGUUGCAUUUGUAAGGAAGUUGGAAUUCAGAUAUACAGCAUACAAGCAUGUAUGUGCCAGAACUGCUCAUGGUUUCCUCUAAUUUCUUUAGAGCAAUUUGUAUAGCUGAUGCUAUGGUUUAGAUUGAAAAAUCAUGAUUAAUGAAGCUAUUCUGCCUAAUUUGAAAAAAAAAAAUAUUAUACUGAAAAAUUCAGUAUCCCUGUCUGUCAGGACUCCGGGUAAUGAAGUUUGUUUUGCAGUGCAUUGAAUCAGAAUCCAUUUAAAUGGGGAAGUCAUUAAGUUAAUAUGAUUUGAAUAUUUCGAUGGUCACUUUUAGCUGUGUUGAUGCAGGUAUCACUCUGUUCAACUGUUCAGUCUAAAUGGACCCGUUGCCCCUGAACCCAGAAAUCCAGCCUGUGGCUUCUGAUAAACUUUGAAAAACUGACCUGAAUUGAAGCCAGUGAAUCAUCUCUGCUCCAAUGUUUUAUAUGACACAGUGUCUAAAAUCACAUUAUAUCCCCUCAAUUUGUGCUCUUACAAGUGUUCUACCAAAAACAUCUUCAUGAACAAUUGGCAAAAAGGAAGGAGCUUCACCUGUUUAAUGGAUUUUGAGGGGAAAUGUCUUGGAAUGUUCAUUACUAUUCACUAUCAAAGCCAAAAAUAUAAAAACUGAAAGUUGCUUAUGUAUGUAAAUAAUAUGGGACUGAUAUUUCAUUGUCUUCGCCUUCAAAUUUCUUUCCUUUUUUUUUUUUUUUUUUUUUUUUUUUUAAUAUAUUUUUGUUUGAAUCUUUUUUCACCUCUCAUUACAGUAUGACAAUUUAUCUUGUUGGACAAGACAUUCUGAAACAUUCAAACAAAUAUUUUUCUGUAAUAGUUUGAAGAUAAUCAUGCUAGCUCCAUAUGAAAAUACAAACAUACAUCAUCUGUUAUUUGAUUAAUGACAUUUAUGACACACACACACACACACACACACACACACACACACACACACACACACACACAAAACACUCUAGUUUGCUGAUGGUUGCCAUUGUGAAAAUGUAUAUAUUUUGUGAAAUAGACUUGACUGCACUUGUUAUAAAUGCAUUAUUAGACUACACAAUUAUGUACCAUAUGAAGCAUUGAAGUCCAAACAUUUGUUUGGAUUUCCCUCACAAUUCCCACAAACUUUGUCACAAAUUGACAUGAUUUUCAUCAAUAAAUGUUGUAUUGCUCUCUGAACAUUAUUGAUAUACAUCAGUAUGUAUUUUGUGAGAUUCUCUGUUUGUUGCUUUUUUAUAUAUAUAUAUAAAGGUUUUACAAGGUUGAAGGUUUUUCUUGUUCUCUGAUUCAUAUUUAGGGGCCAUUUUCAAAGUAAUAGAGUCAAAGAAAUACAGUACGGACACAUAUUGCACCUCUAUAGGGCAUAUUUGGCAUUAAUCAACUCAACUCUCAGACUUUCAAUGGAUUUUGCAGACUGUUGGUCCAAUAUCAUAUUUCCUUGCCUGAGAUUUUAAGGUCAGUCCUUAAAUAAUUACAGUAUCACAUUUUACUUUGUUGCACGUGUUUUGCUUACAAUAAAAAAUUGCAUUGUUUUGAGUAAA